AUGGAGAAGCAAACCAUCGACACAGAUAAACAAGCGACGGUCGAAGAUCCGUCGCGGCGUUCUAUUACCCUAGUUUCAAGCUCAGAACGAAGCAACCUGGAUAUCCCCAACCACGAUGCGAAAGCUCAUCCGACUGAUGAAUAUCCGCAUGGUGCACGUCUAGCUGCUGUUAUGCUUUCACUCAUGCUGGGCAUGUUUUUGGUCGCACUUGACAAUACUAUCCUCGGCACGGCGAUUCCCAAAAUCACGGACGAGUUCCAUGACCUGAACAAAGUCUCUUGGUAUGGGGCAGCAUACUUGAUGACAUAUGGUAGUGGCUUCCAAUCAACCUGGGGCAAAUUUUACAAGUACUUUCCGAUUAAGCUUUGGUUUCUCGUUGCAGUAUUCAUUUUUGAGGUGGGCAGUCUCAUCUGCGCCGUGGCGAAAGACCCUACAACUCUCAUAGUUGGCAGGGCGCUCGCCGGUUUUGGCGGAGCCGGAGUGGGAGUGGGAAUUUUCACAAUUAUCGGAUUUGCUGCGCCUCCUGAAAAACGUCCACAGCUUUUAGGAUUUACUGGAGCAACCUAUGGCAUCGCCGCAGUUCUGGGACCCCUCAUUGGCGGCGCCUUUACUGCCAAAGUGUCAUGGCGCUGGUGCUUCUACAUUAACCUGCCUAUUGGAGGACUUGCUGCCGGGACGAUCUUCUUGCUCUUCAAGACUCCAAGUAGUGCAACCCCGGCUGAGGCUACACCCAAAGAGAAGUUCUUGCAGAUGGACCUAGUUGGCGGGGCCCUUAUGAUGGGACUGAUCGUUUCAUUUCUGCUGGCUCUGCAGUACGGGGGCCAAACACAUUCGUGGAAGAGCAGCGAAGUCAUAGGACUGCUGGUCGGCUUUUUCGUGAUGGUUCUAGUCUUUGUGGCUUGGGAAACGUACCAGAAGGAACGUGCGAUGAUUGUUCCUCGACUGUUCAUGAAACGCUACAUAUCCGUGGGCUCCAUUUUUAUGUUCUUCUUUGGUGGCGCUUACUUCAUCAUUCUUUACUUUCUUCCGAUUUACUUCCAGAGCGUUUACAACAACAGUCCAAUCGGAUCUGGUGUCAAAAUGCUUGCACUCAUAAUCCCACUCACACUCGCUGCCAUUGUACAAGGAUUUGCGCUAUCCAAAAUUGGCAUCGUACCGCUGUUCUGGGUUAUUGGUGGCGUUUUGGGAACCGUCGGCUGUGGUCUAUUCUAUACUUUUGAUAUUGGAACAUCUACUGGCAAGUGGAUUGGAUAUCAGAUUCUUGUUGGCUUAAGCGUUGGUUGGACAUUCCAAAUUGCCAUGUCAAAUGCGCAAGUCCAUGCUUCACCAGAGGACAUGUCACAGGCUACAGCCAUCGUCAAUUUCUUCACAACCGUUGGCGGAGCCUUCUUUCUUUCAGCAGCGCAAUGCGUCUUUAACAAUCAACUGCUUGGGACGGUUACCAAAAGGCUCCCCGAGCUCGACCCGGCGGUAGUUAUUGGGACCGGUGCAACGCAAGUCCGCGAAGUUUUUACGGCGUCGCAAGUUUCGGUCAUCAUCAAUGCCUACAUGGUCGGUCUGAAAGCUGUCUUUGCGAUUACAAUCGCCGCCUAUGGUGUUGCCACCAUCACUGGAUUGUUUGGCAGCUGGAAGAAGAUCAACGGUAAUGAGCUGAAGAAGACGGCUGGCGGCGCGGCAUGA